GGGCCAAAUGCCAGUGCUGUUCUUUCUCCUGGCUCCGGGUCGGGUCGUGAACUUUUUAGGACUGUGUUUCAGAUAAGAGCCUUUUCAAACCCACAGUUGCCAAAGCGGGGGUCAUCAUCUAUUCGGAGGCUGGAGAGAGAAGACGAGAAUGUUGAUGGAAAAGAGCCGACACCAAAUGAACGUAAGGAAGGAGUUCAAGUUGCUUACUAGUGUGAGUUGCAGUGAUGGAGAAGAGGGUCUGCAGCCAGUUCCUAAGAAAACCGAAUGCCUAGAGGCUGAAAUCCUGGCUGGAGGGUCCUACUCUUUUCUGGAUCAGAGGUCGCUCUGCGCCCAGGCAGCGGCCCCCAGGGACUCCCAGUGCAGCCGUGGCUCUCUCCCCAACACCAGCCCCCCCCCAUUCUCCCUCCCCCUCCUGCUUUCCAGAAGGGGGGCCAGUGGACUGAAUCACGGCUGCCGGCCGCGCUGGGAAAGGCCUGGAGACAGAUCCCGGGCUUCCGGAGAGCCCCAGGGCCCCGCCGAGCCCCUCCCCGGCCCGCAGCAGCCGCCUGAGCAUUUAAGAGACAGCUCCUCCGCCCCCACCUGGCUGAAGACAAAUUCCGAACUGACUGUCCUUGGUGGCUCGCUGGCUUUGUUUCCAGGCGGAGAGGAGAAUGAUUAGUUAAUGGUGUUAAGUGAAGGGAAGAGAGUGGGGGCAGGGAAGCAGAGCUCCAUGCCCAGCUCUGGCUGGCCAGGGCACACAGCAUCCUUCAGCCAUUCCUACUCUUGCGCCUGUAGACAAACAAACUCCUCCAUUCCACUCUGGGCCCUGGGCCAGUCCAUACGUUCCCUCUGGGGGUUGGGGAGCCAUGGUCCUUUCCCUGCAGGCUCCGGGCUCCAGGUCCCUGCCCUGGCCGGCUUGGCAUUGCCUCUGGCUGGAGACUGACGGAGAGAGAGGAGGGGUCAGCAAGGUUCAGAUGUGGUUUGCCAGUCAUCUCUGCGUCAUCAAAAUACCACCCCAGAGCCUUCUCUCAAGUCACCUGCCCGUCUCCGUGUCCAGCGUUUGCUGCCUCACGCUGCUCCUCCCCCAUCCCACAGAAAGGCUGCCCUGCCAGGAGACAGGCCUCCACCCCAAAUCCAGACCUCUAUUUGACCCUCCUGCUGAAGGAGCCGCCGCAGAUGUGAUGCUGGGGUCUCUGAGAGGCAAGAGCCCAUCCCACUCCCCAGGGUUCAAGAGGCCAGAAGACCCAGGUUUGGGAAGAGGGGGAGCUUGCUGUGCAGAGCGGUGCCUGCAACCAGCUCCAAUCCCCCCUCCCUGCUUCCACCCCCAGCUGCUGAGCCACCAUCACCAGUGGGGGGGACACGGGGUGUGAGGGGAGCCCUGAUGCAGGGGGUCCUCUCAACCAUCUGGACAGCAACAGGUUUUCAGGGGCCAAGCCGGAGACCUCACACCC